CCAACGCGCUUCCCUUUUCACUGCACGCCAUGUUCCAUCUCUAGCCGUUUUGAGAAUGGCUGAAAACAUGGAUUCUCCUCUCUGGAGGUUUCUUCGGAGUCGGGGUGUUCCAGAGGACUGUCUCAGUCGAAUGGAGAAAGACCAUAUUGAUGCCACAGUCCUUGAUUAUCUGGAUGACAACACUCUGGCUGACUACAUCCCGACGUAUGGAGACAGGAUUGCGGCAAGACGCUUCUGUUUGCAACACAGUGCCACUGCCAAAACCAAGGAAUCGGCAAAACAUUCAAUGUUGGAAAAACUGAAGAAAAAAAUGGGCAUUGCUGUGAGUGAUGAUGAAAACAACAACCAGGAGACGUCCACCGGAAGACAGAAAAGACAUUAUGCACCGCAUAACAAAUCUGCAGAAAAGAAGACAAGAAAAGUGGAGUUGGGAUGGAUUCACGAAGGCAAACAAGUCAGAAAACGCAAAGGUGGAGGGACAAGGACCCUUGAUGUACCCAAAGAAUCAAAGAAGGCGGACAUACUGCAGUAUGCCAAAGACAUUUUCUUCCCAGAUGGAAAAAACAAGCUUGGAAAGUUUGAAACAUUUAGCCAUGACAUAGUAGAUUAUCAGGAAGAAGCUAUUUUUGAUGAUGCUAUUACAGUUGGGGAACUCUACAGCGUACUAAGAAUGGGAGUUUUGAGAUUCUACCUGUGCACAAAGAUUCCAAAAGAUCAGGAUGCUGAAGAAUGUGUCGGGGAAGAAUCAAAGAUGAACGAAGACAUACAGAAUAGCAUGCAUGAAGAGGAUGAGCUGCUUCUUCAUCCUGUCGAUACAGAAGCAUUUCUAAACACAUCUGAGGUGAUGAUUGGCCCUUUUUUCGGGGAAGCCAUGGCUGGCCAACUAGAUGACACUUUGUUGUAUCAACCUGACCUGCAAGUCAAUGAGGACACUGCAGUCAUAUCAGUCCUACUUCCCAGUGCAAGCUCAGCACUCACCAUUCCAGACACUGCAAGUCACAACUCACCCAGCAUGUCUAGCUCCACAAGUGCAGCAAACAUUGCUCCCGAGUCAACAGCUAUAGAUGAUGUAGCAGGCACCUCUACAGAUUCAUGUGUUAUAACAAUUAAACUACACAGGGUCAAUCUUCUGGAAGAGAUGAUAGCCCAAUUCAAGGAUUCAGUUCUUCUCAAGCACUCCCUUCGAUACACGUACAUUGAUGAGAGAGGAGCCGACCACAAUGGUGUCUCAAGAGACGUGUAUGCUGCAUUUUGGACCCAACUUCUGGACCACACAGCUGAAGGGGAGGACCUGAGGGUUCCAUCUCUGUGUCCUAAAUGGCAAGAGGAGGAAUGGAAAUCCAUUGGCAGAAUCCUACUCAAAGGAUUUCAAGACCAUAGCUAUUUUCCCUGUCGCUUAUCCCCUGCUUUCGCAGUUUCACUCAUUUUUGGUGAGAAUGAGGUCUCAGAUGAUGUGCUUUUUGAAAGUCUUCUUCUGUUUGUUAAUCAGUCAGAUAGGAAGUUAAUCACUACUGCCUUAAAAGAAGAUCUUUCAGAGGACGACAGGGAUGAGCUGAUUGACCUGCUGGACCGUUUGGAUGUGACAGCCCUUCCAACCCGAGACAAUUUGAAAGGCCUCCUUCUAAAGGUGGCACACAAACAGCUGAUCCAAAAGCCAAGAUAUGCAUGCGAGAAGAUGUCCUUAAUUGCUGGUGCCUCAAUGAAAGAAGCAUUCGGGAACACACAACAAGUUCUGCUUAUGUACGAAGACAAAAAGCCAACAACCAAAAAGCUUUUGAAAUUACUAGAAGCUUCCCCUUCCACUCAAGCAGAAAACCAGAGUUUUCGUUUCCUGAAACAGUACAUCAGGGCAUUGGAUGAUGUUGGUCUGAGAAGGAUGCUAAGGUUCUUGACAGGGUCGGAUGUUGUCUGCGUUGACAAUAUUGACAUCAUGUUUACACCUUCAGAUGGAGUUGCACGGCGGCCUGUAGCACACACCUGCGGCCCAGUUCUGGAACUGCCGUGGACAUAUGCCUCCUAUCCUGAGCUACGCACCGAAUUUGACAACAUACUGACCAACAAUGCUUCGUAUGAAUUUGGCUUUGCGUAAGUUUACCAUGAUAUAGUUUAUCUCAUCUGAUAGUGGAGGAUUAUGGGUAUGUAUAUUUGAACAUCUGAAAGGAAUGGUUUGAAAGUUAACAGUUCUAUCAGCAUUUACUGUAUGUUUUAACUUUUUUUUUUAAAAGCUUGUUUUACCUGUAACUCGUUUUACCUGUUAUAGUGACGCCAGUCAUAGUAUCUUGUUGGCUUGAGAGCUGUUGCCGAAUAUAUUUUAGACAAUCGGAGCGCAGCAUUUUAUGAUCUGUCAAAUUAAAACAAAGCAAGCCUGUUUUCAUGUGUUCAUGAGUUUUGAAGUCCAGUCAGCUCAAGAGAUAAAUUGAAUUCUUAACUGUUGAUAUGUUCCCAGAAAGCACAAUGUGCUUUAGUCCUGUUGUGUCAACAACCAUGGGCUUUAGUCCUGUUGUGACAACUUCUAUGUAAUAUGUAUGCAUUUUGAGCUCAGAG